AAAUCCCAACCCUUGCCAAUUCUCAUCCUCCGCCUCCACCUCCACCGCCGCUUGCCGUCGUCAACACCACCGCUCCACUCAACCGCCGUCAAUAACACCGCUCCACCCCCUUCGCCACGACAGGUAAAAUCCGUAAUUUCUAGGGCACCAAUUUCAAGCUUCCAUGGACGACCUCACAGCUUACUAUGCUCCUCCAAUCCACCACCCUUAUUACCAGCCACCACCGCCGCCGCCUCCGGGAACGGUACACCCGCCGCCGAUUGCCGUCGUCGAUCCGAUUCACCUGCAACCCCAAUACGUUGCCUACGCUCCGCCACUCUAUCCCCAAUCAUCGCUUGACCAGGUUCGCACGCUCUUCGUCGCCGGCCUACCGGAGGACGUAAAACCGAGAGAAAUUUACCAUCUUUUCCGUGAAUGCCCCGGUUACGAAACUUCUAAUCUCAGACCCCCUACCUCAUCUAAUAAUCAGCCGUUUGCUUUUGCAACUUUUGUGGAUCAACAAUCGGCAGUCAUGGCCUUGCAUGCAAUAAACGGGAUGGUGUUUGACCUUGAAAAAGGGUCUACUUUGCACAUCGAUCUUGCGAAAUCUAAUUCCAGGUCAAAGCGCUCUCGAGCAGAUGACGAUAGUCAAGGUUCAGAAAAAAGGCAAAAGGGAUCUGCAGGCUUUUCAAGGAACGAUGAUCCUGCAGGUGUUGGCAGGGUUCACACGCACACGCCUGGAAUCGUUAAUUCUUCUUACAGCACAGUUGGUUAUUCUCCCACACAAAGUCAGCGGAGUGUUGAUGGUGGUGGAUCGAUGAGUAGGGUUUCUUCAAAGUCGAACAGCGGUCCAUGUCCGACACUCUUUGUGGCUAAUCUUGGUCCAACCUGCAACGAGGAAGAGCUGAUGCACGUGUUUUCGAGAUGCCGUGGAUUUUUAAAACUGAAGAUGCAAGGCACCUAUGGAGCUCCUGUUGCAUUUGUCGACUUUCAGGAUACUGCCAGUUCAACUGAGGCUCUAAGGGAUCUACAAGGCACAUUUCUCUAUUCCUCAACAUCCGGUGAAGGGAUGCGUCUCGAAUUUGCGAAAUCCCGGAUGGGAAUGCGAAGUAAGAAGUCCAGGUAAAAAGAAAAACAAAACGAUAUAUAAUACCGAGCGAAAAACGAAAAAGGUGGUGAGAUAGAAUAUAGUUGGCUUGAUUUAGUAGCUCCAGUAUGUAAUUUGUAGCAUCACUUACAUUAAACCAAAAGACUAACAGAUCUUGUGUUGGUUUUUUUAUUUUUUAUUUAUCUGUUGUGAUGUAGAUGAGGUUAGAAAAACGUGCUAGUAUUUGAAAGAUUCAGACACCAGAAAUCUUAAACGUGACAAAUUAUAGUAUUUAAUUUUACUUUUUUUA